GUUAAACCAGGAAAUGGGAAGAACCGGUCGUGAUAUUUUUUUUAGUUAGGAUUUAUACGUUUUUUUAACUGCAUUUAUAUGAUAAUAAUGAUAUAAAUUGCUCAAAAUAUGGACUGUCACCAAUGAGUCGAGGGUAACAGUUUCUGAGACACCAUGUGGAAGGUUCCUCCCUGUACACAGAAGAAAUUAAAGAAAAAAACCAAGGAAGUGGCCAGGUUUGUUACUUAAAGUGACAGUUUUAUUCUUCAUUCAUAAAUACUAUGCGUAUACAUGUGGCGUAAAGUGGUUAUUUUGUCUUUUAGAUGCAGGUUUAUCCUCAUCCUUCCUUCAAACAGCUCUGUUAAUCCUGCACGAGACGUUAGUCUUAUCAAGCCAGCUAACAAGCUAGCAACGUUAGCCUGAGUGCUAACCCCAAUUAAAUAGCGAAUUAUCUUGUGUUUCCUUCUCUUUAAUGCUGUACUCCCUCUUCUCUGGAUCGUGUUUUUGGUUGUCAUUGGUUUUUUUUACUGUGUUUUUCUAUUUUUGACACAAAUUAGCUAGGUUGAUAACAUAAGCUAAUUAGUUCAGUCGCUCUGUGUUCAGUGAAGUCCUCGUCCUUAAACGCAUCACCGUCUGCUUUAACUGCACCUUAUAAUUUACAUUUUCAUUACCCCGCCUUGCUAUUUGCUACUUGUUGCAGUUUCUGAAAGUUCCUAGUGACAAGUUUGAUAUAUAGCAGAAUGUGACUGCACACCUGGAUUUAUAAUAGGGGAGAGUGGGGUAAGUUGAGCCAAGGGUAAGUUGAGCCACCUCCUGUUGCUUGGAAAUGGUAAAAGAAAUUGAUCAUGUGACCAAAUAUUUGGAGAUGGGCAUCAAUUCAUGGAGUCUGUGAAAGUUAGAAGCACAUAGAUACACUCAUUCUGUUGGUUUGCAGGGAUGCACAACAACUUGAAAUAUAUGCAGAUACACUAGUUAGAGACAAAACUAUGAUUGACUUGAUGUAGCGAUCCAAAAUAUGAAAAAUGGCUCAUCUUACCCCACUCUCUCCCCUACUGGAAAUAUAAAGAUGCCUUUACUAUUUUGGCGCAGGUUGGUAUUGAUCAUCAGAAGGAUGAUGGUGCAGAUGGUAUUUCGAAAUUAAAAAUCACUUGAUGCAUGUUUGAAUCUAUGUUUCCUUUUUGUCUCAGAUGGGGAAUUUGAGUCUGUCACAAGGAUAGUGCGCUCCGGUUGACUGGAGAGGAUGCUGCUCUAUGCCAGGGCAAGGAACACUGGGACAGAGAGAGCCCUGGUGACCAAAGACCAAGCCAGUUGCUGGGUUCUCAGAAGAAGAGGAAAAAUAUGUGCAUUGUCUUCACCGAGUUUGCAAGAUAGUAGAGGAAGAAAGUAACAUAUUGAAGUUUGUCAUUGCAUUUCAGGAACUCAACAGCCAAAAUAUUACUCAUAAUCUUGCUGCGAAAAGAUGAACUUCCUGUCAUCCUUUGUGACAUUUGAGAACCUCCAUGAGGUUCGAAGAUUGUGCCACUGGGGUCCAAUCAUAGCCCUGUCUGUCAUUGCCAUAUGCUCCACAAUGGCAGUUCUGGAUUCGAUCAUCUGGUACUGGCCACUAGAUACUACUGGUGGUAGCAUUAACUUCAUCAUGCUCCUCAACUGGACUGUUCUCAUCCUUUACAACUACUUCAAUGCUAUGUUUGUUGGACCUGGAUACAUCCCUCUUGGCUGGAAACCGGUAAGAAUCCUCAGUCUUCAUCAUGCUUCCUUUUCUCACUAAGUUUUUUGGAAUGGAAAUGAUGCAGAUUUCUUGUUCAAAAAGAUAAAAUUGUCAAUAUGGGGUUGAGUAUAAUGACCAAGGAGGACGAAUUUAUCAUAAAGCUGAAAAGUAAAGUUGAAAAAAAAUUAAUCAUAGCUGGUUAAAUCACAAAAUGUCACUUAUUUGUCGAUAUUAAAACAGGAGAAUCAGCAAGAGACCCAGUACUUACAGUACUGCAGAGUGUGCCAAGGAUUCAAGGCCCCCAGAUCACACCACUGUCGCAAGUGUAACAGGUAACUACACCAAAUACUAAAGUAAAACAAUUGUGGCUUAAAGGGAACAAAAGUGAACUAAAAUAUAACUACAGUAGCUUGAAAGUCAGAGGUAUGUUUCUAACUAGAACUGGCUUGUGUGGUGAAAGGAUUCAGUGUGACUUGCUCAUGAACUUGCUCGUCUCACAUGUCCCCCCUAACAACCAGUCAGGUCCCCCAGCACUCCUCUCCUCCUCUGCCUCCCCUUCUGACAGGUGCGUGAUGAAGAUGGACCACCACUGCCCUUGGAUAAACAACUGCUGCGGCCACUUGAACCAUGCUUACUUCACCAGUUUCUUGCUGCUGGCUCCGCUGGGCUGCUCACACGCUGCCAUCAUUUUUAUAAUGACCAUGUACACACAGCUAUAUGAGAGGGUCAGUUGUCUCUUUGCCAUAUGGCAUUAUGUCCAUUAUCACAAAAGCUUUUCUCUAGAACAUUUGGCCCCAGUGGUACAACACUUAAACCUGUUUUCUUCCCCUCUCACUGCAGAUAUCAUUCGGGUGGAGCACUGUUAAGAUUGACAUGAGCGCUGUGCGUCAGUUUCAGCCCCUCAUGCCCUUCAGUGUGCCCGCCUUCGCUGCCACACUUUUUGCCUUAGGCCUGGCACUGGGCACCACUAUUGCUGUUGGCAUGCUUUUCGUCAUACAGGUAUGUUUUCAUUCACGUGUCAUGUUUACACAUGCAGUUUUCAAGGGAAUGUGACUUUUGGCACUAGCCUUACAAAUCCAAAAUACGAAACUGAGGAUUUCACAGCACCUGCAGCGAACUUCAUAGUAUCUUGUGGCAAUUAUUAAAGAUUAUGUGGUUUACUGCAUUUCAGAAACCUUUGAUUUGUGUGUUAAAUGAACCACCAACUUCCUUAUAAAUGUGUCAUCUUGUGUUUCAAACUGCAUAUAGUGUAUUUGCGCAUGCAAACUAAAGACUAACUUCUGCAUAACCUCACUGUUUCCUUAUCAGAUGAAAGUCAUCCUUCGAAAUAAAACCUCGAUCGAGUCCUGGAUCGAGGAAAAGGUCAGGAUGUUUCCUCUGUGACAUUUUUUGACUUUUGUAUAAUGUACCAUUUAGUUUCCAUUGUUUGAUUUUAUAGUAAAUGUUGAACUAAACUAUACUAUCAUGGUAUUUUUAUUGUCACAAUAUUGAGGGAUUCAUAAUAAACAUAUUCUCAAAUCUACAUUAUAAAAAUCUUUAUAUUCAAAUGCCAUGUUUAGGGCCUGUGUCCACUGACAACCUUUUUUUUGCAAUAGCAGCUCCCAUAUACUCAUAUUUAUAGGGUGCUUCUAAACUAAUCUUCCUGUUGCUACAUCAUGAAAGUUGUGUCGCUGCACUCCCCCCUCUCUCAGUCAUUUGCUUUUAUAUCUGAUUUAUAUUGCUCUGUAGUAUUAUUUACUUUUAUCUAAAGAAAUAUUACUAAGAAAAAAAUGAAACAUGACAUGGUGUUAGCAACAGUUCUAGUCCUGGGCACUGAACCAUUUUACAAGAAAAGGUGUUUGGUUAGUUUCUCCUUUGCCAUUCCUGCUGAUAGAAAGUUAAAUUAUUUAGAGCACCAAUGCAAGACACAGUUGAUGCAGAGGGCACUUUGGCACUUAGGAUGCUGAGCAGAGAGAAGCCAAACUGCACUGGUUUUGUACAGAAAGCAGGCACUCCCAGCACCAAAGCACUGUCAGUGGAAACAGGCCCUUAUUGCAAACAAUUUAGUAUAGUGGUUACAGAAAUUUGAUACCCUUCCACCUGUGCAAACACAAUGGCACCCACACACACACUCAUUUCUCUUGUGUUUUCUAGGCCAAAGACAGAAUACAGCACUACCAAACUGGGGAAGAGUUCAUCUUCCCAUACGACCUCGGCAGUCGCUUGUCAAACUUCAAGCAAGUUUUCACAUGGUCAGGGACGCCCAGGGGUGAUGGCAUGGAGUGGCCAGUCCAUCCCAAGUGUCACCAGCACACCUUAACUGUAGGUCUUUGUUUGUUUUUUAAUCAGCUGUUCUUAUAGUGAAAGUGUAAGAUUUCUUAACAUUUCAACCAGUGAUUUAUCUCUAGUUUAUACAGAGUGUAGAAGGAGUUAUUUAGUUAAAUGUGUAAAUACAAAUAAAGGUCUCAACUUUGCCUUUAAUUCUUUUGUUGUUGUUCUUCAAACAGAUAGAGCAACUGAAACAAAAAGCUGACAAAAGAGUACGAAGUGUAAGUACCAAAGUCAUACUGUGCCAUCCAUGUCGUGUUGACCAAAAAUCUAACUGUGAAAUUAUAUUUAAAAAUUAUAAAGCUAUUAAAAGUUUGAGUGAAGAUUACUGUCAUACCAGUAGAAUAAUCAGAUUUAUUAUUUUUGUCUCGGCCAGCAGGUUCAGUACCGAGCAGUAGAGGACUACAAUGGAGCUUGCUGCCCCGUAAGCAAAGGUCUCCAAACCUUCUUCAGAACUCCAUGCACUGAGGAGCCCAGGAUCCCCUUAAAAAAGGGGGACACCAUCCUGGCCACUCGUGGGACAAAGUAAGUGAAGUUAGGCUGAACAGAAAACAUAUUUGUUUGUCUACAAGUUUGCGUCUCAUUGAAGAUUAAUUGUUAAUCCAUCUGUCAGCUAAAACAUCACUUUCUCUCCCAUGGAUUUUUUUUCUUUUUAGAUGGUGGAUGUACGGAGACAAAGCUUUGAGCGAGGAGCAGAUAAAAGGUGUGACAGGAUUUUUUUCUGUGCUCAAGUUAACCAAACUUUUAUGUCAAAAAUGUGUGAAAGCAUCUUUCUUUCUGUUUUAAUUUACAGCGGGGGAUCGUGUAAGAGGAUGGUUUCCAAGGAGAUGUGUUGAGAAGUGCCAUUAUGACACAGCUGCCAGUGAAAGCACCAGCGAUAAGAAAGUGAAUUAAUAUAUUUGAGCAAGUUGUAUGUAGAACAGGGGAGUUAAACUGAACAAAAGGUGUCUGUCUAUAUAAACAUUUAUCCACUGAAGAUGUCAUGCCUGAUGCUAUAGGCUCCUUAUCCAGAGAACCACAAUGAUCCAAAUUCUUCACACAUUUCAAUUCCAACCUUUAUAUCAAGAUUGUUUUUCUGAGUCUUACUGAGCAUCUUGCUGUCAAAUUUUGUGUUGACUAGGACUGCAAAAUUCUGUCAGAUACAGUUUGACUACUCUGACCAAAUGUAAAAUCCAGCAAGAGUCUUACUUUCCCAGAAUUGCCACCAGGCUUUAAUGUGACUUUAUUGUGAUUCUAUAACUUUUUACUUGAAUCUGUUGUUUCUAGUUGUGUUGAUGUCCUUUUUUUGCUAAAUAUGCAAUGCCUCUGCCCAGCUAACCCCAGGGCCCCAUCAUGCAAUUCUUUCUACAGUACUGAGAUUACACUUAAUUCCUUUUUUUUAUUAUUUUUGUAAAAACAAAUUGUUGGUCUCAAAGUAUAAGUUGGAAAUUAAAAAAUGUUCUGGUACAGUGG